UUGGAUGCAAAGGUCUUAGAGCAGGAGCCUAGUCACACAAGAGCUUGCGCCUUUAAGGCUUGCUUGUGAAUUGCUAGCUAUUUUCUGGAUCCGGGGUAGAGGGCGUUUUCCCUGGACAACAGGAAAGGCUGGAUGCUAAAAAGGGGAGAGAGAAGAAAUAUUAAUAAAUAAAUAAAAAGGAGAGAGAGGGAGCGUGGGGAAACAGCAACCUCUAGAGGGAUAGAUCUGGAGAGAGGUGGAUUACAAACAGACUAGGCUGGAAAGGAUAAGGAUCUUGCAGAAGGAUUCCAAGCGCAGAGAUCAGCUGCCACCUAACCAGCACCAUUCAGCAAUUAGAGAAAAGCCCCAGGUGCCCAAUUGAGAUCUCUCCUAAUGCUAUCGAAACAGUAAGCUCUGAAACAGAGGUCCUCACUCACCUCUCCACUCGACGGAAUAAAUGCCGUGUAUCGCCCACCCAGCCAGGGGCUUCUGGGAAGCUGCCAACUCCCAGUCGAGAGAGCAGAAUGUCGUGGUUUAGCGGCAUCCUGGUACCUAAAGUGGAUGAACGUAAGACAGCAUGGGGGGAACGCAACGGGAAGAAGAGCAAACGCAAGAACACUUCUCUGUGUGGCCCACGUUACAUGAGCUGCCUUCAGGACCCUGAAAUGGAUAGGAACAAUCGUAACAACUUCAGUGUCCGCUGCACUUGGCAGGAGGACCAUUAUGGCAAGAAGGGAGCCGGUGGGGAUCUUGGACUUAAAUCUGUUGCCCUGGGUUUUGAAGAUGGGGAGGUCAAAGGAUCUAAAAUGGGCUCAACAGAAGGCGUGGGCACAGAGGAGGGGGAGAGGCAGUUGACACCCAGGGAGUGUUGGGCAAGAUUUCUACAAGUGUUCCAGUCUAAGAAAUUCCAGUCUGCCAAACUGGAACGCCUGUACCAACGAUACUUCUUCCAGAUGAAUCAGAGUAGUCUGACUAUGUUAAUGGGGGCACUGGUGCUGGUCUGCCUUGUAAUGCUAAUCUUUCAUUGCACUCAUGGGAAGCCUAACAAGGUCUAUGUGUCUAUCCUUGCUGUGGCCAUGGCUCUCUUUUUGUCACUAAUGGUGGUCUGCAACCGCAACGGAUUUCACCAGGACUACAUGUGGAUUGUCAGCUACUUGGUGAUUGCGGUCCUCUUUGCAGUGCAGGUUCUCGGGGUGCUAAUGGUCACCCCACGCAGUGCCUCUGAAGGGAUUUGGUGGAGUGUCUUCUUUAUUUACAUUAUCUAUACUCUGCUCCCAGUACGUAUGAGGGCAGCUGUUUUGAGUGGAGUUGUGCUGUCUGUGUUGCACCUCAUCAUUUCGUGGUGGCUGAACCACUUAGACGAUUUCCUCUGGAAGCAGUUAAGCGCCAAUGUGCUGAUUUUCUUGUGUACGAAUAUAAUUGGUAUUUGCACCCACUACCCAGCAGAGGUGUCGCAGCGUCAGGCGUUCCAGGAAACACGAGGGUACAUCCAAGCCAGGCUUCACCUCCAGAGAGAGAACCAGCAACAGGAGCGCCUCCUGCUGUCUGUGUUACCGCGACAUGUUGCUAUGGAGAUGAAGGAAGACAUCAACACUAAGAAGGAAGACAUGAUGUUCCACAAAAUCUACAUUCAAAAACAUGACAAUGUCAGUAUUCUGUUUGCCGACAUUGAAGGGUUCACCAGUCUGGCAUCACAGUGUACAGCUCAGGAACUCGUUAUGACACUGAAUGAGCUCUUUGCACGCUUUGACAAGCUGGCCGCGGAGAACCACUGCCUGCGUAUAAAGAUCCUAGGGGACUGUUAUUACUGUGUAUCUGGGCUACCAGAAGCCCGAGCUGAUCAUGCGCAUUGCUGCGUGGAGAUGGGAGUGGACAUGAUAGAAGCCAUCUCGUUAGUGCGGGAGGUGACCGGUGUGAAUGUCAACAUGCGAGUGGGGAUACACAGCGGCCGAGUUCACUGUGGGGUCCUGGGCCUGCGCAAAUGGCAGUUUGACGUCUGGUCUAAUGACGUGACUUUGGCUAAUCACAUGGAGGCUGGAGGCAAAGCUGGGAGGAUACACAUCACAAGCGCAACUCUAAAGUAUCUGAAUGGUGACUAUGAGGUGGAACCUGGACACGGGGGUGAGAGGAACGCAUAUCUGAAAGAACAUAACAUCAAGACCUUCCUGGUCAUGGGAUGCAGUCAGAAGCGGAAAGAAGAAAAAGCAAUGCUGGCAAAGCUCCAGAGAGCACGCGCUAACUCCAGUGAGGGUCUUACACGUGUAUGGGUGCCUGAGAGAUCCUUUCCUCGCAACAAAGGCUCCAAGGCUUUUAGACAAAUGGGAAUUGAUGAAUCAAGCAAAGAUAACAGGAAUGCCCAGGAACCGCUGAAUCCCGAAGAUGAGGUUGAUGAGUUCCUGGCAAGAGCAAUCGAUGCUCGGAGUAUUGAUCAGUUACGAAAAGAUCAUGUCAAAAAAUUCCUCCUCACCUUCCAGACCCCAGACCUUGAGAAAAAGUAUUCUAAGAAAGUGGACGAUCGCUUUGGGGGUUACGUGGCCUGUACGCUUCUUGUUUUCUGCUUUAUUUGUUUUAUCCAGAUUGUGAUAUUUCCUCAUUCCCUUCUCAUGCUUGGGGUUUACACCAGCAUCUUCAUCAUUCUGGCAAAUAUUCUCUUUGUGUGUGCCGUGUACUCUUGUAUAAAGCUUUUCCCGUUAGUACUACAGAGUGUGUCUCGGAAAAUUGUCCAGUCUCGAAUAAACAGCACUUUAAUUGGGAUCUUCACCAUCCUGUUGGUAUUCAUAUCUGCCUUUAUUAAUAUGUUUGCGUGCAAUCACCAAAGUCUCACUGAAUGUGUAUAUCAAGAACUGAACAUAAGUUAUGGGUCUAUAAGUGCUUGUCAUCUUCAGAUCCUCAACAUCAGCCUAAAUAUGGAGGUGCCCCCGUGCGGCUCUGGUCAUCCUUCUUGCAAUUUUCCUGAGUACUUUAACUACAGCAUCCUCCUUAGCCUGCUGGCCUGCUCGGUCUUCCUACAGAUCAGCAGCAUUGGAAAACUGGCUCUCAUGUUGUCUAUUCAGAUUCUCUACAUCAUCAUCGUGGAGGCACCAGAAGUUGUUCUUUUUGACAAUUACGAUCUGCUAGUGACUGCUAAUGCAAUUUCCUCGUUGAAUCAAACUCUGGAUGGAGACGGCUGUGUGCCCAGUAGUAAGAUACCUCUGAAGUAUGUGACUCCUGUCAUCUUGACUGUGUUCGUUCUGGCUCUGUAUCUCCAUGCUCAGCAGGUGGAGUCCACAGCUCGACUGGACUUCCUAUGGAAACUGCAGGCAACAGGCGAGAAGGAGGACAUGGAAGAAUUGCAAGCUUACAAUAGGCGUUUAUUGCAUAACAUCCUUCCAAAAGAUGUGGCUGCCCAUUUUCUUGCCAGAGAGCAUAGAAACGAUGAAUUAUACUAUCAGUCGUGCGAGUGUGUGGCGGUUAUGUUUGCCUCCAUUAGCAAUUUCUCUGAGUUCUACGUUGAGUUAGAGGCCAACAACGAGGGUGUGGAGUGUCUGCGUCUGCUCAAUGAGAUUAUCGCUGACUUUGAUGAGAUUAUAAGUGAAGACAAAUUUCGGCAGCUAGAGAAGAUUAAGACUAUUGGAAGCACUUACAUGGCAGCCUCAGGCCUAAAUGACACAACUUAUGACAAAGAAGGAAAGUCACAUAUUACUGCACUUGCAGACUACGCCAUGAAGCUUAUGGAGCAAAUGAAAUAUAUAAAUGAACACUCCUUCAAUAACUUCCAGAUGAAGAUUGGUCUGAAUAUUGGGCCUGUGGUUGCUGGUGUAAUCGGAGCUCGUAAACCCCAAUAUGACAUUUGGGGAAACACUGUGAACGUAGCCAGUCGCAUGGACAGCACUGGGGUACCAGAUCGCAUACAGGUUACAACUGAUUUAUACCAGGUGCUUGCAGCCAAAGGUUACCAAAUGGAGUGCAGAGGAGUUGUUAAGGUCAAAGGAAAAGGAGAGAUGACCACCUAUUUCCUCAACGAUGGACCAGCCAGCAGUUAGCAGGAACCUCUGCAUCCAGGGGAGGAAGAUGCCUCAUCUUGACCCCGUGCAGAGUGACCAGAACAAUGAGACCUACCUACAUCCCCAGCAGCAAUGUGGGUGUUAGUGGGCUGGGGGGUGCAAAGCCCCUCACCUGUGAAACAGAGCUUGGCAGCGCACGUGUUUGGUGCCGUGCCCACUGACUGGGCUGCUCUGGUAAACAGAGUUCUGCCAUACCCAGGAAACAGACUCACCAGUACUAUGAGUGGCACAGAGAAGCAGUUUUCACCCUGGCACUUAUGAAAUGCUCACAGGCGGUACUUGCAAGUUAUUUAUUGUGAACAAGACGUUUCAUUAUCAUUUUGUUUCCUCUUUUUUUUUUUUAAAUUAUAGUUGGUUAAACAAAGCAAAAGAAUCAUUUUAAAAUAGACUUGUAUAAAAAAAAUGCAGCUUUCUCUGAGAACUGACCAAAGAGCAAGUAGACCGGUUCACAGAAGAGAGUGAGGCCUUGCCUUGUUUGUUUAUAUGCGCUGUAUGUCUUUCUCUUUUGGGCCGAAUGACAUUUCCAGUAGCAGGUGGUAAUCAGCUUUUCUCUGGAGAAUCCCAGCAGUCCUUGGAUUUAACUCCCCAUACACUAAGGACACUAAUCAUCUUCCAUGUUUUACACCCUUUUCUUAUACCUGGAUUAUGGAUCAUCAUGGACAUUUCUUCUGCCAGCUGGGACUCUUGGCCAUUUUAAUCCAGUGCACUUUCAGUUUCUCAUUAGUCUUUCAGCAGAUUCUCUGAGACCCCUUCCAUUCUGGGAGAGUUAAAUGGGGAACUACAUACUGAAAACAGACUAAAACAAUGUCUCUGCCUUUUAAA